AUGCCACCCUCAUCUGCUCCGUUGACACCUGGGUUGGCGUCAUUCUUGAAAUCCCUAAAGACCAAUCCGAUUGAUACAUCCAUUGAUAACCUGAUCUCACUUUUGAAACGGAGACAAAUACGACACUCGAGAUCAUGCGCGACAGCGACCGCUUACCUGCUACGUAGCGUCAUAUCUGCAUGCAGGACCAGCGAUGCCUCAAAACUCAUUGAGCGGGUGCAGAGUGUGGGAAGACGGUUGAUAGCUGCACAGCCUAGGGAGAUGGUGGUCGGGAACAUUGUUAGGCGCGUGUUGGGACUAAUCCGUGACGAGGCGGAGGACGAUAGGGAUGGGGACUUUACAUUGAGUGAGGCAGGCUCUGAAAGCCAACCGCAGACGCCUCGUGGGGGAGAUGACAUGGAUUUGCGUCAUGAUGGGUCUGAUCGAGGUGCCUCAAAGCCGAUGUCAUCGUUGGCUGCCCACCCUGUCUCCAUGUUCAGUUUGCUCUCUCACCCAGAACCCGAACCCUCAUUGCCGGGUACACCAACAUCGGCCUCGCCAUCUGGACGUCUAACCGGGCAUACCCAAAACAAGGAUAUUCGCGCCGAAGUUCUAGAUGGAAUCAACGAGAUCAUCGACGAGUUGGGCCAAGUGGACGAUCAGAUUGCGGCUUACGCCCUCGAUCACAUUCACUCGAACGAAAUUAUCCUCACACAUACAUCCUCGACGACAGUACAGAAAUUCCUUCUUAAGGCCGCCGCGAAACGGAAGUUUACUGUCAUUCACGCUGAAUCGUACCCUAACAACCACGAGGCUACCCAUGCCACUGUCAGUGGCAACGCCCCGAGCGAUGAUGAAAUUCUCAGCACCGAUUCCUUCCAGAAACCUCUUAUCGCGCACGGCAUCACAGUGAUUCUCAUUCCCGACUCCGCAGUUUUUGCUCUGAUGUCCCGGGUGAACAAAGUCAUCUUAGGUACACAUUCCGUUCUCGCUAAUGGCGGCCUCGUUGCAGCUGCGGGUACCCGUGUCAUUGCUCGGGCCGCUAAGGUACACCAAACGCCAUGUGUCGUCGUAAGCGGUGUCUACAAACUAAGUCCGGUAUAUCCAUUCGACUUUGACUCUUUGAUCGAGUACGGUGAUUCAAGCAAGGUUGUUGGCUACGAGGAUGGCGACCUUGUAGACCAGAUCGAUGUGCAAAACCCCCUGUACGACUAUGUUCCUGCUGAAUUGAUUGACCUCUAUAUUACGAACUUGGGUGGACAUGCACCGUCAUAUCUGUAUCGUAUUGUGUCGGACCAUUACCGAAAGGAGGACAUCAGCUUUUGA